ACUGACCGUGAAAUAACGUACAGUUUGUGUUUCAGGAUUUUGUGUUAAUAUUGUGUAUUUUAACUUUGUUAUAUUAUUUAUUAUCUACUAUUGUAAUGAUGGAAUUUGUUAUCGUUUUGAUAUUUUGUGUGGUUCUUGUGAUUGCUGUAAAGGUAAUUGGUUCCGGGAUGGGGAAAGCUACUUCGUCGCAGCGUCAGAUGGACAUCAUUAACGUCGCUCAGAACUUAUAUGUUUUAAUUAGAAAAGGCGACUUGAAGAAAUGUGACGUUACGCAGGCGACCGCGUUUCUUCUCAACAUCGCAAAGUCAACUGUUCUCAAGUACUACAAGAAAGACAUUGAAGAAGUUUCAACACCAGGAAAAAAGAGGAAAAAAAGGCCACAGGAAGGAAAGUCACUUGACACAGUCGACGAUUUCACAGUAAAUGCAAUCAGGAAUGCAAUUUACAGGAUGUACGCUGAAGGUUUGAAUGUUACAGUCGACACCAUUUUGAAAGAAAUCAGGGAAAGACAAAUAGAUUAUUAUGGUGGAAGAUCAAGUCUUCAUAAAUUGUUAAAGAAGAUGGGAUUUUCAUGGACAACUGUUGAUGGACGAAAAGCUUUGAUAGAGAAUGAAAACAUAGUAUUGCAGCGAAUAGAUUUCUUGAGAAAGUAUAAAGAAGAAAAAGAAAGAGGUGCCAAUUUCAUAUUUGUUGAUGAAACAUGGAUUUUCCAGAGAGGCAAGGCAUUAAUUUAUUUGAAAAUUUGUUCUGUGGUCCAAUACAAAGUAUUUCAUUUCCAUUUCAUAUAUUUUUCAGGAACUGUAUCAAAGUCAUGGCAGGACAAGAGUCUACAAUCUGCGAAGAGACGUACUGUUGGAGAUGGUAAAAGGUUUAUUGUUGUUAAUGCUGGAGGGCGCACUGGCUUUGUGCCAGGAGCAGGAUUACUUUUUGUUUCAGGUCAGAAGACUGCAGACUACCAUGGCGAGAUGAAUGGGGAAACUUUCUUGAUGUGGUUUGAAGACAUGUUGGUGCAUCUUGAGGAACCCAGUGUCAUCAUAAUGGACAAUGCUUCAUAUCACAGCACCCAGGUUGAGAAAACACCUACAACGAACUGGACCAAGGCUGCACUAAUCGCGUGGCUGGAGAAGAAUGGGAUAAAACAUGAAAAUAAUUUGUUGAAAGUGGAGCUGCUGAGAAUAGCUAAACAAAACAAGCCCCGAAUACGAUGGGCGAGGUGUGUGGAUCACGUGGAGAAGCUAAUUCAAGCAGACUGGGAGAGAGAAGUCCACAUAGACAGCGGCACCAUUCCUCCACUCAUCAUCCACCUCGGCGAGGAUAGUUCAAGUGAAGACAGUGACAGCGAAGAAUUUGAGGUUACGACACAGCAAGUAGAUGGAGACAGUGAAGUACUGGCAGUUCCUCUUGAUGAUUUACCCGGGUGUUCUUAUUGAGGUCUGUAUGUAAUAAACACCUGGGCAACUGUAAGUAUUGGGGUUUGAAACAUUUUUUUUUUCUUUUAUGCAUUCCCAUUAAGUAUGUUGAUUACUGGAACUUUAUGUAUUAACUUUAUAUUACACGUAUUAUGAAAUUAAUAAUAAAUUUCAUUUCUGGAUUCGUAUAGGUGUAUGUGAAACAUUUUAUUUUGUUGUGUGUCUUCAUUUUUCAGUGAACUUACUUGGAAAACAAAAAGCCAGUCCCCAUCCAGGGCCACAAAUAAAUAAUGCAUAUAAGUGGUAUAGAAAUUACUGUCA